AUGCGGGAGACGACGAUGCCGCCAGCAGUCAAUAUGGCUGGCGCAUCGCUUCCUGCACCGCCCCGUGCCAACAUGGUGGCGCUUCCGGCUCCUGGGCGGCCCGCAGGGAAGAUGGCGGAAAAGCGACGGCCCACGGCGCCGGUGGCGGGGGCUUCGGAGGCUCGACGGGCAAGCCCGGCACGGGGCCUGGUUACCGAAAGCGAGGAGGAGUUCCUGCGGCAGGCCGGGGUGACGGCCAUGCUUCGCGCGGCGCUGCUCAAGGUGCUGGAGGCGCGACCCGACGAACCGCUCCCCUUCCUGGCGCACUACUUUGACAACCUGGGCCUGCGCUCGCCUGCCAACGGCGGCGCCGGGGAGCCCCCGGGCCUGCUUCUUCUGCAGCAGCAGCGCAUCGGCCGUGCCCUGUGGCACCUGCGCCUGGCUCACCACUCCCAGAGGACCGCCUUCAACAACAACGUGAGUGUGGCCUACGAGUGCCUGAGUGCCAGCGGCCGCAAAAAGAGACCAGGCCUUGAUGGGCGCACCUACAGCGAGCUACUGAAACGCAUCUGCCGAGAUGGGGAAGCCCCCGAGGAGAUCGUGUCCCCGCUGCUGCGGAAGAUCCAGUGCCGGGACCAUGAGGCUGUCCCCUUUGACAUCUUCCGCUAUGGCAUGCUCACCUGCUUUGUGCUGCUGGAGUUUGUGGCCCGAGCUGACGCCCUCUACGAGGUCCUGGAUGACUCAGGCCAGGCUGACCGCCGAGUGUGCCAGGCCGUGCUAGACACCCUGGAGGGGGCCCUCUUGGCAGGUGAUUUUGAAGCCCCCAGCCGCUACCUGGAAGCCGGCUCUCAGCUGGGCCCCGACUGCCUCGCCCUGGCCAUGGACCGGGCCCUACUGGCCCGCAAGCCCAACUCAGCCAUGCUGAGGGACGAGUUCCUGGAGAAAGCUGCCACCCUGUUCAUUGCCAAGGUCAGGCCCGUGGGCUAACCCCAACGCUGCCAAACCUUUCAGGGAUCAGCCUGGCCCAAGAUAUGGCUUGGGAUAGUGCGCAUCAAUGGGCAAGAUGACCCUACCCCUUCCUCCUGGUCCCUGACUCCAGUCUGCCCUCAGAUACCUCGUUCCUUUCCCUGACCCCUUGCUGGGAAGGGCCCCCUGGCUGGCUUGGGAAUUCCUAGGAGGAAGGGACGGGGCUGGGGCUGCCGGCAGCUCAGAUCGCUCAGGUUCUCCCAAAGGAAAGCGCCGUGGCACGUGGGGGACGCCGGGGAACCUGACAGACAGUAGACCGGCUCUUCCUGGGCCCCAGCUCACUCAGGCUCAGCUCUGCUUGUGGAGAAGUCCUGGGGAGAGCACCUCUCUAGUCUUCCAGCUCCCCCAGGGGAGCAUCAGAAUCCAGGUGGUUUCCCAUAGGGGAGAGGGCUCAGGGCCGAGUUGGGCACACUGAACUCCCCAGUCUGCCUAUCCCUCCAUAGAGCUCAGCACCGAGGCCUGCUUCUCCCCAGCUGUCCACCGUGGCUUCCCCCCGCCUGCCACCGGCACUCUGCUCCUUGGGCUGGCGCUCCCAUUUGUUCCAAGCUUCCGUCUUCAUCCUAAGUAAUAAAUUCUUUAUAACCUCCA